AUGAGUCACACAUCAAGACAAAUAGCAAUGUUUUUCAACAGUAAUUUUGACACGAAAUUCAAGGAUUUAGACUUUGCAAAACCAACCCCAACGAUAGCACGACGGGUAUUUAAUGUAUUAAUGGGAGAGACUAUGCAAAUUAAAAAGCGAGAAAGAAACCGAAUGCUUGAAGGAGCAUGUCCAAUUUCAUUACCCAAAUUAAUUUACAUUAAAGAAUUAGGAGAAGUAAUGGGGAAACUAGGGUACGAAGACUUUGACAUUAUUAAUGAUAUUGGAUUUGUGGAAAAACAACGAUUUCUUAAGAUGUGUGAGAGCAUUAUGGAGUAUCUUGAAAAGCACAAAGAGUAUGGAAAAAGAAAAGAAGAAAUAAUAGAAGAAUAUAAAGAAAAAAGAAAAGAAGUAGAAGAGAAAGAAGGGGAGUAUAAAAGAAAAAGAAAAGAAAAGGAAGAGUUAAUUAAACGAAAAGAAGGGGAUCAACCAGAGAUAGAAAGACAUGAAAGAAUAAAAGAAGAAGAAAAGAAAAAAGGAGAAGAAAUUAAAGAAGAAAUAAAAGAGAUAAAAGAAGAAAUUAAUAAUAUAAUAGAAAAAAUAGAACAGAAAGAAAAAGAAAAAAAGAUUAAAGAAGACAGCAUUAAGAAAGAGAAAGAAUAUAAUGAACGGAGUAAAAAAAUUCAAGAAAAUAUAGAAGAAAUUAAAGUACAAGAAGAAAGGAUUAAAAGACUUAAAGAGGAAAUUAAUAACACCGAAAAAGAAAAAGAAAAGAAAGAAAGUCAAAUCACGAGAUAUAAUGCACUCAAACAAUCAUGUGUUGUUUGGAGGUCAAAUCUUCAAAUUGUUAAAGAAGGAAUAGAACAAAUUAAAAGGAAAGAAGAAGAAAUUGAAAGAAUAAACAAAGAAAAAAAAGAACGAAGUGAAGAAAUUAAACACAAAGAAGAUAAAUAUAAAGACUUAGAAGAUAAAACAAAAAAAGAAGAAAAAGAACAAGCAAUAAAAGAGGAAGAAAGAAAUAAAAUAAAAGAAAAAGUAGAUAAAGAAUUUACCCAAUUUGAAUUAGACACUUCUCAACUACAUUUAAUUUAUGAAGAUAUUAACAAAAAAGUAGAAAUAGCAAAAAGUAACAAAGCUACUAUUAUUGAAAUAAUUAAAGACAUAGAAAAAAGAAUUAACAAUAUUAAAACAACACACUUUUAUAUGGUUAGAGAAUUACAUGACCAACUUCUUCAACUUAAAUCAAUUCUUUCAACACUUGAUACUUUAAUUAAUUAA